AUGGAGCGGAUCCUCCGGGCCACCGGGAAGGCCUACCAUCCGCACUGCUUCACCUGUGUGAUGUGCCGCCGCAGCCUGGACGGGAUCCCAUUCACCGUGGAUGCCGGUGGGCUCAUUCACUGCAUUGAGGAUUUUCACAAGAAAUUUGCCCCCCGAUGUUCUGUGUGCAAGGAACCUAUCAUGCCGGCCCCUGGCCAAGAGGAGACUGUCCGCAUUGUGGCUCUGGAUCGUGAUUUCCAUGUGCACUGCUACCGGUGUGAGGAUUGCGGCGGCCUGCUGUCUGAAGGAGAUAACCAAGGCUGCUACCCCUUGGAUGGGCACAUCCUCUGCAAGACCUGCAACUCCGCCCGCAUCAGGGUGCUGACCGCCAAGGCGAGCACUGACCUGUAGAGGCUGACCACCCGGUGAGGGGGUGGCAUGGAGAAGAAGGAAACCCAAGCAAACCGGCUCAAGGGAAAUAGUGCUAAGGAAAUCUUGCUUUGGGACAGUCUCUGUUCUUCACCUGCGAUUUAGCCUUACUUUAGGAACACAUAGAAUACGAAAUCUUUUUUUUUUUAAUGCCCUUACCAAAUGCACAUUUCACAUUGAAUCAUGUAGAGCCUCGAUAGGCCUUUGUUCUCAUGGACUUCCACGAUUUUGCACGGAUGAUGCGCCAUCCCACUCACUUCUGCAUUCCUGUAACUUUUAAUCCCUAUGUUGGCCUCACUUUUCAUUUGGCUGAAUGGCUGUUUUGAGUGUGGUAUUUGCUGCCACGCAGUUUUUCGUGGGUGAGUCUGCCAAACCCGCAGGUGGCUGGGCCCGAGGGCUCCAGUCUCUCAUGUCCAUGGGGCUUGUCAUCAUAAAGGGUCAAUGCUCUUUGUCUGCAUAUUGAGAAGAAGAUCUGUAGAUCUUUCCGUUGUGAGGGUGGAGGGGGGCACAUUUUAUAGGUUGGGCUACCAAGCAUGUAAAUUGUGUAUUAUGUAGGUUAAAGUAAGCCCCAUUUUAAUUUGUAACCAUCCAAAUUCUAAUCUGAAUGGCCCAGAAUUCAGGGCUCAUUUUGAAAAAGAGCCCCAGGCCAUAGUUUAGGAGAGGUGAGUGAGAAACAAAGUUCAAUAUUGUUUUCUAAAGAAACUGUGGGUGCCACUGCUGGAAAAAUCAUACUAGAUAUACUUGAAAUGUCCACUUAUUACUCCACAAAAUCAUUGUGAGAGUUCCUUUUCAUAUUAGCAGGUAUAAUUUUGAUAAACUUGGUUUUCUCUAGAAUAUAGGAUAUCCAACAUGGUCCUAUUUUCCAUCUUAAACAUUGUUAUGUUAAUACAAGCGGGAGAUCAACAACAUAUAUAUUGCCUUGCUUUCUGUACUAUUUGAACACAAGUACUAAAAUGAAAACUUUUUUUUCUAAAAAGAACAACUCUGGCCAUAAAGAAUAAUAUCCGGUUCUCCGUCCCCUUCCCAAGACCAGCUACAUUUAGCCUAACAAUUGCAAGUAAGGGCAUACUUCAAAUAAAGCAGCCUUCUUUUUUCCGUUACUUUUAAAAGAGAAGAAAGCUUGAAAAGAUUGUGAAACCACAGUUUUAUUAUUCUCAUAAUCCUUUGCAAGUCAAAUUACAUAUUGCAAGAGACAUUUUCAUAUCACUGAUGUGACAUUUACACCACACUUUCAAAGACAAUCACUGGGGGGAAAAAUUACCUUUUAGAGCUAAAAAUAUGCAGGGUCUCUGCCUAGAAUUCUUAUUCAAACUCUUAUUGGCCAGCACAAGGCUGGCUUGCCAACUGCAGAACCACACUUCGUUCGGUUCUAAAUGUUUCCUUUAAGGAGAGACACCUAGCUUAGUAAUGGCAGGCUGCCGUCUUGUAGAAUAAUGAAGUAUUUGGGACUGAGAUUUUUCACACUUUCCUUCAAGUCUUUCACAAAUGUAUGCUUUUAAAUUAUGAGAUAUUUUAGAUAUACAAAAAGAUAUAAAUAAUAAUAUAAUGAACCCUUGUAUACCUGUGUUCCACCCAGUUUAAGAAUUCAGAUGUUACAAGUAAUAAAGACAAUCCCCUGGAACCCUUCCCUGAUUCUACAUCUAACUCGUUCCUGGUGAGACAGAGAGAGAGUCAGGUCUUAUUGAGUAGGAUUUUCUUUUCUUUCCUCUCAUUUUGAAAAUGCUAACAUCCAGAAGAGAAAUGCAAACUUACCUGUGCAUGUUUCGAAUCACAACCUGUUCAUGCCUCAGGAAGCCCAACACGAUCUAUUUUAGUUGAAUAAGAAUAACCCUGCAUCGAGGCUUCAAGGAGCCCUGUAGCACAGUGGUUAAGCAUGUGACUUAACUCUCCUUCCCACCCCCACAGUGGCUCUGUAGAUCUACUCCUGUAAUUAUUACAGCCUAGAAUACCCCAUCGGCCCUCUCUACUCUAUCACGUGGGCUUGCUAUGAGGCAAAAGAUCAACAACAAGCCCAAGUCACCAUGGCUCUAAUUAAUUUGGGGCUCAUUGCUUUCAACACCAAGCAGUUUUGUUGUAAACCACCCAACUGUGAUCUUGUAUUUUUCCUAAUGUGAAACCCAAGGCGAGCCACUUAGUCGGGACCUCGUGGACAUUGAAGGAUGCAGUGGCAGCCGUAUCUCCGGUUUUCUAUCUUCCAACUUAAAAGCCAGACCAGGCUGGUGACAUCAAAUAAAUUGUGGUCUAUUAGGCAAUUAGGGUGAUUAUGUAAUCUGCUUGAGUUGAUUCCAUAACUAAUUUUCUGUGAAAUAAUUGGGGUGGAGGGUAGAGAUUUGUAGGUCAACAGUAGAGAGCCCGUGUUAUUGAGGGAUAGAUUUUAUCUCAUGAACUUCAAUCAUAUUAUCAAUUUUGCCAAAAUAAGAGCUUAAGACAUAUUUAUACUAUAAAAAUGCAAUAACACUCAGUUCUGCUUAAUCUUUAUGUAACGGAAUGUUUACAUGCCCCCCAAAAGAGUUCUAAGAAAAUGCAGUCACAGACCCGUCCUGUGGCAAUGCCAGCAAAAUACUGCUUGCUUGCGGUUUUCAUACUGCAUUUUUAUCACUUAACCACAAAGUAUCUUUACCAAAGAUUUUUUUAAAAUAAAUCUCUUUUUAAUAUAGACUUAUACUUUUAUAAUAAUGAAUGUGCACACAAACAUAUACAGAAAUAUUUAGAUUUUUUUCUUUCACAAAGUCUAAUAAGGAAAGAAUCCUACACUGUUGUAUUUCAGGAUUUUUAAAGUAAUGUGUGAUGUGUUUUGUUUCUUGUCCUUUGUAUUAAUCACUUGAUUUAAACAAUACCAAGUUAUUCUUUACUGCUUUAGCUACAUGAAUUUUGCCUAUAAGAGAGACAAAGAUAUUACCUUCAUGAUUAUAAUCAUUUAUUGCCUUUGAUCAAUUGUCUUGGUAGUUAUUACUUAAGUCUAAGAGUAGUAGAAAAUAUCCUUAUAUAGUCUAUAAGAGAAAAUAUGUCAAAAUAUCCAGAUUUGCAAACUGUUUUAAUUUUAACUAAGAGUUCCUAAUUGUCUGGAUCCCCAGUCCCGACCAUCCUAACUCAGCGUGCUUGACAGUACUCCCUCAAGCACAUCGAUCAACAGACUUGCCUCUGAAUGAGCCAUGGGUCCCAGCAUACCGCUUAAGGAUUUUAAGAUGCUGGGCAUCUGCAGCUCAAAGUUGUGGGGUCCUGUACUUGUCAUUUUCACAUUUUUGUGUCUGAAGAGGCAGCUUUUCCAAUUAAAAUUAUUUAAUUUG